GUUCUACAAAAUUUAUGAAACUACCGACUCUAAAAUGCUCCUCAAAAUCUUAACAUCAGCCACUGAAUAUUUAGGAAAUCCCAUCUAUAAGACCGCAGCCUAACAUCCCCUAUGCAAAGACUAAACUCGUCAGUGCGCGGCAAACUCCUUUAUAUAGAUGUCCAUUGCGGUUUAGUGACUGAAGAAAAAAAGAUGGCGAAGGGACUGGUGUACAAGGUGAAAUCAUGGAGGACAGAGGAGGGAGCGACUGUUUAUUCAGUAUUUUCGUGCGCAGAUGACGUGGAGCACCGACGACACCGUAGGAAUCCAUUUCACGUGAAAUAUCUCCAAGCUGUCCUCUCCACAUUUGAAUCGAUACGUUUAGCUGAUAAUCAUGGGUCUAUUUCAAGAUCUCAAGUUGAAGCUGCUUCAGCCAAUGUUCAUGUUCGGAUGGAGCUAAUAAAGACAAUGAAGGAAAAUCUAGCAAAAAAUACUUCAGAGGCUGUCAAACAUUACAAGGGAUCAUCACACACAAAGGGUCACGUGGAUAGUGCAGUAAAUUUUGGAGAGGAGAAGCAUGAAAAGUCAGCUUCUAGGAAAAGAUGGGAUCUGGAAUGCAGGAAAGACUCUUUCUUUUGCCAUGACGUUUAUGAAUUUUAUCUCAAAACAUAUGGACACUAUUUUGAGAAUUUGCAAGGAAAAAUUAAGCAAUAUGUCAAUAUUGCUCCAGAAAAUGAGAAAGACAGAAUAUCAUCUGAGGAAGGCUUUAUACCUGUUAAUCUGCAUACAGCAGUUCCUAUGCUAGAAAAUCAGGCCAAAGAAAAUCCAAGUUUCUUGCAGGAUGAAGCUCUUUGUUUCAACCUUGACAAGGAAGCAACAGAAACACUAGAAAGCUUAAUGAGGUUUGGGCCUACAGAAGCUUUGAUUUUAGAGGUGAACUUCAAUGGAGAUGCAGAUAUCAAAUGCUUCAAGGAACACAUCAAUGCUGUAGCCAAAGAACUUAUUCUAAAUGGCAGUUUGUUCAAUACUGAGGAAGAAUAUCAAGACACAAAAUUGAUCCCACAAGAAGAUCCACAGACUAAAUGUACUUCUGUUUCAGAUAAGGUCUUUGAUGAUACUGUCAAUGCUGGUAAAUUGUCUUCCUUGGAAGCCAGAGAACAAAGUAUAUUAACUGGGGUGCUUGCCAAAAAUGCAAAUGAUAACUCCCCAUCUUGGGAACAUAUUGAAAAAGAAGAAUUUUUUAAUAGUUCUUUGAGGAGGGAACCAUUUCUAGGUUAUGAAGUCCAAAAGAAUGGACCUGCUAACCAUUUCAAACAUUUUGAUUUGGGUUUCACCAAACAAACUGGGAACCAGAAGAUUUCUGGAGAAUUAAAACAGGAAGAUGGCAUAGUCUGGAGUAAUUCUAAAACAAUUUUUUUGGAAGAUGUAGACUCUAUCGAGGAGUUUGAUGAAAAUGAACCAGUUAAAUUUAAUCACAAUAUAUUUACAGAAUCUUCUUCAGUGAUUGAGAAUGCUGAUUCAUAUAACAACUAUAUGUUGGGACUUGAAGGCUCUUCUAGCUCUUGCCAAUCUCAAGAAACUAAUCCAGUUGAAACUUUUGGCAUACACAUGAGUUCUAUGGAUGUGGCCAAAUUUCGCUAUGCAAAAGCAAAGAAAAAUAAAAAGAAGUGUCAAUGGUUGGUGCACGACUUGGAAAAUUUGUUGGACAUUACAGAGCAUUUUGACAAUAAUAGUGAUGUUGACUGUAUUCCAGAGUCUCUGUUGAAUAGAAUCAUGGUUUGUCCAAAGAUGUUUGCGGAAUCUCUUUCAAGGUCACCAAUGAAUCUUGUUGAGCACAGGAAACAAUUACAGGGAAGUUGCUUGAAGAUCUCUGGUGUUCUUAGUUUUGCACCCAAAGAAGGAAAUCAAGAUUUUGGUCGGGCAGAAUGGAAUCAAGAUAUUAAUGAUAAUGAAAAUAGCCACCUUAUUCAUGAUAAGGAACAAAGCAAAUUAUCCUCUGAAAAUGCCACAAAACAUGGUCCAAUCUUGAGGAAUCUCUGCAGUGAAACUCACAUGCUUGGGGUCGACUGGGAUGAUAUUGCUUGGCAACAACAGGAGAAUUGGUCAAAAGAUGACAGAAAACCUGAGUUAUUUGUUACUGCAAAUGUUUGUUCUGUCGCAAAGAAUAGUGAAAUGCUGCAGCAGAGCAAUUGUAUUCAGGACAUUCCAGUGAGUGAUUUUCAAGAAACAGAAGAGUUCUCUAUACCAACAACACAUGUAUAUGAGAAACAUCAUAUGCAAAACUCUCAACAUUUCCCAGUUCAGAGGUGUGAUGCGCCUACCUGUCCAACUGUAGAGGUAAAUACUAUCAACUCUCAAAAUAUUGAUGGGACUUUUAAAGAGCUUAAAGAUCGAGAGGAUUGUUUAGAGGGAUUUUCUGAAGCUGAAGUCAUUGAAGAUUUUUUUGAUCAGCAAACAAACUAUGCAAAAGCACCCUUAGAAUGUCCAACUGCAGAGAUAAUUCCUAUCAACUCUGAAAAGAUUGAUGGGACAUUUAAAGAGCUUAAAGAUCGACAGGAGGAUUGUUCAGAGGAAUUUUUGGAAGCUGAAGAUUUUUUUGAUCAGCAAACAAACCAUUCAAAAGCACCCUCAGACAUUAGCACUAAGUGUGGAAAUAUAGAAAAUUCAGCUGAUUACUUACCCAGUCAACAUGAUAACUUUUUGCUGGAUCGAGGUAUUGGAAACACUAAAGAAAUAUGCAAUGAAAGUAGCACAGUUCAAUUUACAAGUGAGGAUGUCUGUGGGGUGUCGGUACCAUCAAAUUCCACCAAGGAAAAAUUGGAAUUCAAGAAUGAUGGACAAGACAAUAAUGGACUGAAACAGAGGAAAAGAUAUUGCUUGGAUGAUCUGAUAGCAGAUGUGAUCACGAAUGAGUGCCAAUUUCAUCAAAAGGCUUUGUUUCAUUUUGAUCUUGCACCACUUUCCUCAAGUUUGGCAUCUCAAAUAUAUUCCUUUUAUCAUCAAGAAUUUAUAACAACUAUCCAUUUCAAGCAGCUACUUGAAGCAUCCAAAGGGAUGAUUCAUCAUGGAGAUGGUAUGGUAACAGAGCAAAGAUAUUACAUGGCUUUAUUGAGCCUUGCACAUCAACAAAAUAUCGGUACAUUUAAGGGACCUGCCAUUGAAGGUCAUCAAAUCCAUUUACAAGCAAAUUCUAGUUGCUCCCUUAACGAAAUUAUGAUACAUCUGGAACCUCUUCUGGAAAGACAAGAUGGUUAAGUUCCAAUAUUUCCAAAUUCAGAUGAGGUCUGGUAUCCUUGCCAUUGCCGCUCUGUAUUCAACACUGCAUUCAAAAUCAGAAAUUGUUGUAUAAUAACUUGAGGAUGUGUUAAUCCUCUAGUGUCUAGACUAUGGUGCUCAUAUGCAUUAAUUUUCAUAAAUUUAUUCAUUUUCUAUAUCCUGUAUAAAAAAAGAAGACAAUAUCAUAUUGUUCCUAA